UUAAGGAAGUGGAGACACACACACACGGUCAUUUGAUCUCGGUCGGCCGCUGACGGGGGGGACUGAGAGCCGCAAGAUCGCAGUCGCAGCGCAGCAAGCGGGUGUCUGCAGCGCCGCGCAACAGACCAGCUGGCGGCGUCGGACUUCCGUACCGGAGGCAGGAGCGCGACGUGUCUGCUUUCUGUUUUCAUUUAGAUUCUCAGUUCAGCCCACAUGAAAAACUCAACACCCCCCUAAAGAUGGCAACAAGUUGGGCGCCGGGCACACAGUGUGUUGCCAAAAGCGACCACAAUAAGACCAAAGGCGGUGAGCUGGCCUACCGGAAAGGCGACAUUUUAACCAUCGUCGACAGAGGAGUGGCGAAAGGUACGUACAAGGCGCAGCACAAUAAGACGGGGGCGCAGGGUCUCAUCUCGGCCAGCAACGUCCGCGAGCGCGAGGCCAUCCGCGUGGAUCCCAGCCUCAGCCUCAUGCCCUGGUUCCAUGGAAAGAUAUCAGGCCUGGAAGCCGUGGACAAGCUGCAGCCGAUGGAGGAUGGGCUGUUCCUCGUUCGGGAAUCAAUCCGACACCCUGGGGACUAUGUGCUAUGCGUCAGCUUGGGACGUGAGGUCAUCCAUUACCGGGUCAUAUAUCAGGACAAGAAGCUGACCAUUGACAACUUUGAGUUUUUCUACAACCUAAUAGAUAUGAUUGAGUUCUAUUCCAAGAACCAGGGGGCCAUCGCUACCAUCCUGCAGAAGCCCAGACCAAAAGAGGGCACUAAGUCGGCAGAACAGGAGCUCUCCAAAGCUGGUUGGCUGCUGGACAUCGAGAAGCUGUCCCUUGGGCAGGGCAUAGGAGAAGGGGAGUUUGGGGUGGUGUAUGAGGGAAAUUACAUGGGCCAAAAGGUGGCGGUGAAGAACAUCAAGUGUGACGUCACAACUCAGGCUUUCUUGCAGGAGACUGCAGUCAUGACGAAACUCCAGCACAAGAACUUGGUACGGCUGCUGGGGGUGAUCUUACACAAUGGGCUUUACAUCGUCACGGAGUUCAUGGCCAAGGGAAACCUGGUAAACUUCCUUCGCACCCGAGGCCGAGCCGUCCUCAGCUGCUGGCAGCUUGUUCGCUUCGCUCUGGAUGUGUGUGAGGGCAUGGAGUACUUAGAGUCCAAGAAACUGGUCCACAGAGACCUGGCCGCUCGCAACAUCCUUGUGUCUAGCGACAGCAUGGCGAAGAUCAGUGACUUCGGCCUGGCCAAGGUGGACCCCAAAAGUGUGGACGACGCAAAGCUGCCCGUCAAAUGGACUGCACCCGAGGCUCUGAAGAAGGAGGGGGUGUUCUCCACACGAUCGGACGUGUGGAGCUUCGGGGUCCUCCUCUGGGAGAUCUUCUCCUAUGGCCGACAGCCCUACCCUAAGAUGUCCCUGAUGGAGGUGAAGGAGAAGGUGGAGCAGGGCUAUCGCAUGGAGACGCCGGAAGGCUGUCCCGCUGGGGUCUACACCCUCAUGAGGUCCUGCUGGGAAAUGGAUCCCGGCAAGAGGCCGUCCUUCCGGAAACUUCGGGAGAAGCUCGAUAAGGAACUGCGCAGCUGCAGGUCGGUCACGGGAUCGUAAGGCACGGCGGCGGCUUUGGAGCAAACCGCUGUUCCCGGUUCGAGGAUCGACGCAGACAGAGCACGGCCGUUACAGCCGCAGGCUCGCGUUCAAGCAGGAAUACCUCUCCGUUCCGAACCCAAAUCACAACAUAUGAGCAAUAAGUGACACUUUAUUGGCCCUAGUUGGUCUUUGGUCACACGUGGGAGGACCAAGCGAAUGAAAGCGGAAGCUAUAAUGGUGCAUUUCACAUUUCUUUAUUCUUUCGCUUCACUGAAUGUAUCUGUGACGCUUUUCUCUUCUUCCCAAUUUCACUGCACAAUAGUUGCUACUGGCAGACCGAACAUUAACAUUUUGUCUCGUAAAAAUAACGUAUUUCUCAUUCUGGAGGUAUAAAUGAAAUGCUGGUUAAAUGCUGUAUUGACAGUAUUCAGACAUGCAGUCUGUAUGCAUUUUAUGUGCUUUUUUAAUAAUUCGCCAGCAUAUAUUUUCAUGCUGACAUGCUGCGUGUUUCUUCACAUCUGUCUGUCUGAGCCUCCAAGUGCUGCAGCUUCCAGCCUGGUCCUGGUAGCUGCUGUAGCUGAUGUGUGGUGGAUGUAGCUGAAGGGUGACAUAAUGCAUGGUGACGGCUGCACACUGAGCUACGGCCUGCGAUUACGCUGCAGCACCGAUUACGCCACUGUAGCACCGUAUAAAUGAAGACUGAAAUUUUAGGUCUAUCAUUAAAAAAUAAUGAUCUACAUAUUUGUAAAGACUAAAUAUUUAUUGCAAAAUGAACACAUGACGUUAACUUACUUCUGCAUUACGUUUAGCUAUAUCAGCACCUGUCUAUUAAUCUGAUUUUUUAAGAGCAACCUCUUCAAUACUGAGCUCUUCCUGCAUCUUUCACUGCUGAGGGUCUCCCUAACCUAGCUGAAGACCAGGGUCUCAUCCCCAAAUGCUCAGUCAGAAUGUUUUAUCUGUGUAUUUUAACAUGAACCAGAACAUAAAGAUUCUCCUUUUAGAACAUUCAUGAAGUUUCUGUUUUUCUCACAAUCCUCUCCAUCCGACUUUCUCCUGUCUUAUCAUCCGGACAGCAGUCAACAUGUUUUAGCUUGUCUUUUUCUCCUUAUUCAGGUUAUAAAUGUAUUGUUUUAUGCUUAUUUUUUAGGUAUUUCCCUUAGAAUAUUUUGAUAUAGACAUCAGUCAAUUGUGAUACACAUAUACACAGAUGCAAAUAGAAUACGUUUCAAAUUGACUCCUCAAAUACACAGACCUGCAACUUGUUUGUAAUAUAUAUUAAUAUUAUAUACACCGACAACACAGUUCUUAUGUUACUGACACACUGACAUACAAUUUUCAUAUAUAUAUAUAUAUAUAUAUAUAUUUGCAGAACAGCUUAUUGAUUAAAGUAGGAAACUAUCUGCCACCCUCUCAACUAUAGAAGUGCAUUGGUGGUGUGACGGGCGCCUCUUGUGGUGCAGCGUUUUACUAUUGGGUCCAUUUUCAAAUGAUAACUUUAAAGGGUCAGGAAAUCAUGGAAUAUUAGUUUUCUUUUUUUUACCCUUUAGCCAUAAAUUUUGCCAUUAAGUGCCAGUGAGGUUUCUAUGGAAAUGUGUUACUUCGAAUAAAAGUUUUAUGAACUAUUCAAUUGAGUUGCUGACAAGUGAAGAAUUUAGUCAAUUAAAUUAUGUAUUUUUUA